UAAAAGAUGCAAAGGUUUAAAAGAUAGUCCUCUAGGAGCCCUGAACUCCAGAAACCCUUGGUUCUCAGCAGGAGAUGCAGGGAGAAAGACAGCAGAGUUUCCAGGCCUUUUCAGGGUCUCGGGUUCCAAGUCGGCUGUCACAGUGCACAGUGUAACCCAGGCAGGUUUUCAGGCUCCUUGGUGCCCUACAGGCGCAGGGUGGGGCCGGGGAUGGGGUGUUUGCUGGCGGGUCUGAGCGGUUGGCUGCACUGCGACCGCGCUGCUCAGAGCAAGGAGCAAGGCCGGGUCAUGGCAGCCUGGUGCUGCCCCCUGGUGGCCAUGACUGGAAGGGUUGCAGCGCCUCACCCAUCUGCUCCCCGGGUCAUCCAGUUCGCUGCUGCCAAUUUUCUGAAGCAGGUCCUUUUGUGGACCCACGGGGUUUUGUUUCUCCCGCGUGAGAAUGUGAGCGUGGAAUGGCCGACUGACAGGCCCAUUGAAAGAAACGACCCAUUUUCCAGAGUGAGGCUCAAGGUUUUUUGGGGAUCCAGUUUUGCUUACACCAGGGCUGUGUGAUUAUCUAGUUAGCCCACACUUCUGCUGACACUUGGGGUUGGCUGUCAUUUUAAAUUUAACCAUUCACUGGGAGCUGUAUUUUAAUUCCUAUUCUCUUUUGAUUUAGAGGCAGGAUCACAUCAUGUGGUCCAGGUGAGCCUUCCACUUGCUGUGUAGCAGAGGCUGGCCUUGAACCCAUGUUCUCCCUGCCUCAGACCCCCGGGUGCUGGGGGACUGCAAACAUGCGCCACCAUUCCCAGCUGGUAUCUGUAUUUUUGCUAUCUUCCAUAGCUGGGAACACGAAGCAUCUCUUCACAUGCUAUUAACCAUUUCUAAUCUUUUCCAAAGUGUUCAGGGCUUUUGCUUCUAUUUUUUAAUUUUUUUGGUCUUUUUCGUUUUUAUCGGUACCAGGGAUCGAACUCACGACUGGCUGCUUGCAGGGCAGGCGCUUAUGCCACUGAGCUAAAUCCCCAGCCCCUAUUUUUUAAUUUUUUAAACUACUAAAUUGAAGAGUUUUCUAUUUUGGGUUAGGGUUGAGACAUGAUAUCAUUAUAGAGUCAUGCUGACCUUGAACAUCCUGUGUAACCCAGGCUGGCACUGAACUUUUGGUGCUCCUCCUGCCUCAGCCUCCUGCUGUGCCACCAAGGUCAGCUGGUUCUCUAAUAUUUUAGAUAGUUGCACUUUAUCGGUUACUGCUAUGUGUUCCUCUAGCCGGUGGCUUACCCAGUUAUCCCGCCCAUCCUAUCUUUGAAAUUUGCUUCCAGUUUUGAGGAAGUCCACUUUGCAAGUGUUUCUUUCGUAUCUUUGCUGUGGGUUCUAUGCAAGAAGUCUUGUUGGACAGUCAUAAAUGUCAUAUGUGUUCAAUUUUGUGUUUUUCACUGUUGCUCUUUUUUUCUUUAACAUAUUUCAAUUUUAAUUAGUACAUAUGACAUCCAGUCAAAGCUAAAAGGUGAAAAAGAAAAGGGAGGUCUCAGGAGGCUGAUGCAGGAGGAUCUCUGUGCGUUCAAGGGUAGCCUGGGCUACAUAGUGAGCUCAAGGUCAGUCUACAGGACACUAACGUUAAUAACUUCUGGUUCUCCAAUGCAUUGGACCAGCCAACUUGCACUAUACAGCAAAACCUUGUCUCAAAACACACACACACAAACCCAAGGUUUGUUUUUUACUUUUCUGUGGCACUGGGGUCUGAACCCAAGGCCUUCACACUAAGCUACACCCAUGGCCCUUUUGUUAUUUUGAGACAGGAUCUUGCUAGUCACUGAUUGUCCUGGCUGCAUCGCAGCGUGCCGUCCUCCUGCUUUGACCUCCCAGAGUGCUAGGAUUACAGGUGUGGACCACCACUGGGCCCGGUGUGAAGGACAGUGAGGCCUUGCUUCCCUUCCGGCUCUCUGACACUUAUCCCCCACAACAUAACCACUUUAAUUUAGCCUUUACUCCUUUUUAGAAAUUAUGUAUCUCACCCCUUUCCUUAAACAAAAAGUAGGGUAAGGGAAGAGGGUCACACGCAUAUAACUUACAUGUGCGCGUGCGUGUGCGUGUGCGUGUGUGUGUGUGUGUGUGUGUGUGUGUGUGUAUUUCCUCUUUUUUUAACAAUACCUCCAGUAGAGACCGCUCCAUGGUCAUUCGUGGGGAAUUUCCUCCUGUCCUGCCCUGUGCCCUCUGUUUACUUUAUGGUCCUGAGGAGCUGUAUGACAGGCACUGUGACUUCCUCGUCUUUCCCACAGUACCACGUAGCUUCGUGCCCACACCACUUCCUGUUUCAGCUCGUUCGUCUUUCUAGACAUGGCAUUGCCGGGUCGUGGGCCCCACCGCUGUGACUGCCAGACAACACUGCAUCUGCCCUGUCAGUGGCAGGAAAGUGCUGUUUCCCAGGACCUGCCUGGCUUUGGCUCCUUUCUCCCUGCCUGACAGCAGGGCCACCCUCGGGUACCCCAGGCCUCCUGGUAGUAAGAAGCUCGUGGUACCUGGGUGGCAUCGGAGGGCCCCACUCUGGCUGUUCUCACCUUAGACCAGGUUCACUGGCCACAGUUGGACGGUGUCAUUUAGUUUCCCUCUUGGUUGCUGUUAUCCCAUUUUAUAGAUGAGGAGGCAGCAGUGGGGUCUACAAGAGAGCUCGGGUCUUGCCCCAGUUCCCAGAGUUCAGGAGCGGGGAGCCAGGCUGACUCAUGAUCACACGCACACACUUGAACAUGCAUGUAUGUGUGAUAUAUAUGCUUACACCCAUGUACACUUCUCCACUUCUCUCACUUUCCCUUGCUCCUUGUUUUUGGGGGUACUGGCAGUUGAGCCCAGAGCCUUCACACUGAGCUACAUUUACAGCCUUUGUUUAAUUUACUUUUUUUUUUUUUUUUUUGAGAUGGUCUCACUGCGUAGUUAAAUUGCCCAGGCUGGCCUUGAACUUGAAAUCCUCUUGCCUCAGCCUCCCAGACUGACAGGUUUACAGGGGUGCAGCACCACACCCAGCUCGUGCACAUUUCUGAAUAAGAGGACAUGGACAGCUUCACAGCUGGCCCUUUGUUCCCAUUGGUCACCUCUAAUAGGAUUCACAUGGCUCAGCUCUGAUGCAGUGUCCUUUCAGCUCAGCCCAAGGCAACCUGUGUGUCCUCCAGUAAGGAGGGACAAGGCCCACAGUGGUCACCUAGUCAGCCACUGCGAGAUGGCUGAGGACUCUCGUUCGGCCCCACCUACUUCCUGACAGCAGGUACACACACACACACACACACACACGCACACACACACACAAGGGGACACCUUGGAAUGAGUGCUACCACUCAGAACUCGGAAUGCAGCAGUGCCCAGACACCGUUGCUAGGACACAGGACUUCUAUGGUGCCAAAAUGGGAUCACCCCCAGGUGACAAAAGGCGCCCGCCAAGAGAGACUCAUGGCCCCCCCACAUCAGGCAUGAAGGUCGCUUCUCCAGAGCCAUGUCAUCCUUCAGAGCCACCGCCUGCCUACUACCCGCCUCCUCCUCCGAGGGGUGGGUACACACCUGCAGCGCACCCUGCUCCCCCGCAGGCCUUCACCACAGGAGGCCUGAGGCUGAUGAUGGGAGACAUGCACACCACCAUGCCAAGGACAUCAACCUCCAUGCCGAUCCAGACCGUGUGUCCCUACUGCGGGAACUACAUCAUCACGAUUACCACCCCGGUCCCAGGACUGCUCAGCUGGCUGCUGUGCUCCUCUCUCUUCAUAUUUGGGUGCGUCCUGGGCUGCUGCUUCCUGCCCUUCUGCGUGAGGAGCCUGAUGGACGUGCAGCAUUCCUGCCCGGUGUGCCGCCACGUGCUCUUCCACCACCGCCGCCUGUAACCCCGAGGAAUAAAUGUUACUGACACAGGUGGGCAUGCCAA